AUGCAUUCUAAAAACAGUACAGAUGAAUGGUUGUCAAUUCAAGAAAGUAAAAUAUGGGAAUUACCACAAGGAGAGGAUAGAAUUAUCUCAGUUUUGAAGUUGAGUUUUGAUGCUUUGAAAUCCCCAUCUUUGAAACAAUGUUUUGCAUAUUGCUCAAUAUUCAUGAAAGAUGUAGAAAUUGAAAGGAAUGACUUGAUCCAACUUUGGAUGGCUCAAGGAUUGCUCCUCUCCUCAAGUUCUUUAGAGAUGGAGGACAUAGGUAAUGAAUAUUUUUAUAUUCUAUUGGAGAACUCCUUUUUUCAAGAUGUUGUAAAGGAUGACUGGGGCAUUAUUACCAAAUGCAAGAUGCAUGAUCUUGUGCAUGAUCUUUCUGAACUAGUGUCAAGAUAUGAUGGGGAAGAUAAGCUUGACGUUGGACAGGCACAGUUUCCUUCUUUAAUACCGAACAAAAUUUCAGAAAGAAAUGCUGGGAAAUUGCGAUCCUUGUUUGUGAAUGGUGAAGCCCUUGGUAACAUCUUGGCAAGCUUUACGUCUUUACGUGUCUUGAAACUAUACAGGUCUGAUAUUGAGGAGUUGCCUAUUUCAAUUGGUGAGCUAAAACACUUGAGAUAUCUAGACGUUUCUGAAACACACAUCAAAGAGCUCCCCAAAUCUAUUGGUAGGCUCUACAACCUACAGACGCUAAGAAUGCCUAGUUCAAGCAGUCUUCAAACGUUUCCGAAGGAGCUACAAAAUUUGAUCAACUUGAGACAUGUUUAUUUCAAUGAGUAUAUGGAAGUUCCAUUUGGGAUAAGAAGAUUGACCCAUCUGCAAACACUACCUUCCUUUACUCUGGAUGGGACAAGAAGUCAUGGAAUUGACGAGCUGGGUGGCUUGAACAAACUGAAAGGCGAGCUGAUUAUUAGAUCUUUGGAAUAUGUGAGGGGCAAAGACGAAGCGAAAGAAUCAAAUUUAGUGAGGAAGACAAACAUACGAAGCUUGAGACUUGAAUGGGGUAAUUCCAGGGAAAGAAAUGAUGAUGACAAGAAUGUACUAGACGGCCUCGAACCUCACCCCAAGUUAGAAAGCUUAUAUAUAAGCAGUUUCUUGGGUUCUAAAUUUGCAUCAUGGAUGAUGAGUGGGUUGCCAGGAAAUUUGAAAAAGAUUGUUCUAUCCAAUUGCAGAGAAUGUGAAGUAGUCCCAACACUUGGCCAUUUACCAAAUCUUAGACAUUUGUUUAUAUCAAGUUGCCCUAAUCUGGAGCUAAUUCCAAUUACAGAAGGAUUACCAUGUCUCCGGGAACUCAAAAUUAAGGAUUCUUAUUGCCCUAAGCUAACAUCCAUUUUAAUUCACAGUCUCACCUCCCUCCGCAAAUUGUUUAUUUAUGAUUACGGACCGGAAUCCGUCAGUAGUUCUCUGGAGGAGUUGUCUUUACUUGGUUGCACAUCCCUCCGUGAUGUGAACAUUCGAAAUUGCAAGGGGUUCUCAGGUAUAUUGAGUGGACUAAAAUCUUGUACUUCUCUUCGUUCACUGUGUGUUGAUACUUGUCCAAACUUGAUGCAUUUACCGAUUGAUGGGCUGCAAACCCUCGUCUCUCUUGAGGAGCUGAGAAUAUGUUAUUGCCCUAAUCUAGAGGCUGUUCCCAGUUUGGACUACCUGACAUCCCUCCGUGAGUUGCAUAUUUAUAGCUGCGGAGGAUUGACAAGUAUACCAAGUGGGCUAGCCUCCUGCACAUCUCUUACCAAUUUGUCAAUCGACUCAUGCCCCAACCUGGUAUCUAUAGCAGAGGAUGUAUCCAGGCUGCAAUCCCUGACUCGUUUAUCAAUAUAUGACUGUGGGAAGUUACAAUGUUUGCCGACUGGCCUACAGUUUCUGACCCGUUUGGAACAUCUGACAAUCGGUAAGUUCUCGGAGGAGCUUGAUUCUUUCCCUGAUUUUGAGGCUCCGUCACAUGUUGAAGAAUUAAGGUUGUGGGGGUGGCCAAAGCUCAAGUCUCUGCCUCAACAAAUUCAACACUUCACUUCUCUUACAUCUUUGUCUAUAAUAUCUUUUAACCAAGUGGAGGCUUUGCCAGAGUGGUUGGGUAACCUUACAUCUCUUACCUUCCUGGGUAUUCAGAGGUGCGAGAAUCUGAUGUAUCUACCUCCGGUCAAAGCUAUGCAACGCCUCGACAAAUUACAAGAGCUAGUGGUUGAUGGAUGUACCCGUUUAGAGGAAAGAUGUGCAAAAAAGGUUGGCCUAGAAUGGCCCAAGAUUUCUCAUGUUCCAAACGUCAUGGGUACUUAA